UCAGCCAUCCGCUGAGAUGGAGUGGGCUCCAAAACUGAUGGUUUUCUGCGCUCUCUGCCUUUCCUUCACACUAGAUGCCGCCACAGAAACAAAAGGGCAGAACAAAGGCGCCAAAGGGAAAAAGAGAGGGCCAGCGAAGAUCAAAGAGCAGCGUCUCCGGGCUCAGGCAUCCUCACAUGACCCAGUGCUAAGAGUAAACCCAGGGGCUUCCACAGACUACACCCUCCUGGAGGAUUAUGAGCAGAGCAUCCAUGAGAUGGUGAACCAGCUGAGGAACAGCUCCGAGCCACUGGAGAGCAAGUGCCAGGUCAACUUGAGACUUUGGAUGUCCAACAAGAGGAGUUUGUCUCCGUGGGCCUACAGGAUAAAUCACGACGCAGCACGGAUCCCAGUCGACAUCCCCGAGGCACACUGUCUAUGUGCAGGAUGCAUCAACCCCUUCACUAUGCAGGAAGACCGCACCAUGGUCAGCAUUCCCAUCUACAGCAAAAUCCCAGUGCGCCGUCUGCUGUGUGAGCCUAGCAAGCCUCACCGGAAGAAGAAAAGAUGCCACAAAGAGCACAAGACAGUUAUGGAGACCAUUGCUGUGGGCUGCACUUGCAUUUUCUGAGGACACACGAAAAGUGGCGCUCCUAUUCCUGCUUCAGUUCCUUGUGGUGUUUUAGUACUGCUCUUGUCUUCCUACCCACCUCCUUUUGCCAAGUCUGGUUAG